GAGGGCCGUGGAGUAACGACGUAGCUUCUGUUUCAGCCGUCCUUAAGGCGCAUUUUAAACCAGCGACGCGCACCUUUAAUGUGCUUCAUCGUCGCCGACAUUCCCCGAGAAGAGAAGCGAACCGUCCCGAUGGCAGCGAGGGUUGGACUGGCCAUGAAUCCGCCGCACACCACCGACGAGAGGGCGGUGUUCACGCAGCUGAAGCCCGUGAGGAUGCCCGGAGCCGACGGCGCCGAGGACGCGUCCGUGUUCGAGGACGUCAAACCCGGGGUCCGAUUGGAGUUGGACAAAUACCUCCCGCCGGUCAACAGCCCUCUCCUGAGCAACCUGAUCGAUUCCGUGGACAGGAAGUACCGACGGGACAGCGCCUCCGUGGUCGACGACUUCUUCUCCGAGGACAAGGGCGCCGCGCCCUACAGCCUCAACAUCAACUUCAUCCUGCCCAACACCACCCACCUGCGCACGGGCCUCUACCGGUCCAACGCCAGGACUCUCACGCCGCAGCAGAUCAAGACGGAGCCCGGGCUGGAGGUGCCCUGCUCCGGCACCCAGGCCCUGCCGGACUUCACCUCCGUCUUCAGCGUGCCGCCCGUCGUCAACAACGUGUUCAUCAAGCCGGACAUGAGCUCCGGCGCGGCGUCCGGUGUCCCCGCGGCAUCCCAUAAUCAGCAGCAUCAGCAGCAGCAGCAGCAGCAGCAGUCAAAUCUGGACACGGAGCUCCACAUCGGACCCCCGGCCCCCCAGUCGCAGGUCUACCACAUGCCCGUCACCGGCUGCGCCGACCUCACCAUGACUCUGUCGCACGCCAGCCCGUCGGCGCACGCCUCCACGAGCGGCAGGACCAUGCUGAACCUGUGCAACGUUGCGUCGCCACCGGCGACCAACGCCAACUACAUGAUGGCGGAGCACCAGCUGGCGCAGCAGCACCACCACCACCACGGUUACUACCAGGCCUCGCCGGCCAACUCGUCCCAGCACGCGGCGCCCCACAGCCUGCCGCCCUCGCCGCCAAACUCCCAGCCGGGGAGCCCGGACGGCCAGGCGGAGCUGCUCAGGUUGGCGCCGCCGCAGCUCCCGCCGCCGUACCAGCACCGCCUGGACGGGAUAAAGGUCACGGGCUUGUCUCCGCACGCCAUGCUGAUGACGCACGGACAGGGAGUCCUGACGGGUCCCAAGUACAACAGGCGGAACAACCCGGAGCUGGAGAAGAGGAGGAUCCACUUCUGCGAUUACCCAGGCUGCUGCAAAGUGUACACCAAGAGCUCUCAUCUGAAGGCGCACCAGCGGACGCACACAGGCGAGAAGCCGUACCGUUGUACGUGGGAGAGCUGCGACUGGCGCUUCGCCCGAUCGGACGAGCUCACCCGACACUACCGGAAACACACCGGAGCCAAACCCUUCAAGUGCAUCGCCUGCAGCCGCUGCUUCUCGCGCUCCGACCACCUGGCGCUGCACAUGAAGCGCCACCAGAAAUUAACCGACGUCCAGACGUGACGGGCCACCUGAACGUAACCCACGCGGUAACCGGAAUCAUCCCUGUGCACACCACACACACCACACAGACAGAGACACACACUCUGAUGCUCCA